CGGCGAGGGGGGCGAAGAUGGCGGACGUGCUCAGCGUCCUGCGACAGUACAACAUCCAGAAGAAGGAGAUUGUGGUGAAAGGGGACGAAGUGAUCUUCGGCGAGUUCUCCUGGCCCAAGAAUGUGAAGACCAACUAUGUGGUUUGGGGGACUGGGAAGGAAGGCCAACCUAGAGAGUACUACACAUUGGAUUCGAUCUUAUUUCUGCUAAAUAAUGUGCACCUAUCUCAUCCUGUCUAUGUCCGACGUGCAGCUACUGAAAAUAUUCCAGUGGUUAGAAGACCUGACCGAAAAGAUCUACUCGGAUAUCUCAAUGGUGAAGCAUCAACAUCGGCCAGUAUAGACAGAAGUGCCCCUCUAGAAAUAGGUCUGCAGAGAUCUACUCAAGUCAAACGAGCUGCAGAUGAAGUUUUGGCAGAAGCAAAAAAACCACGAAUUGAGGAUGAAGAGUGUGUACGCCUUGAUAAAGAGAGAUUGGCUGCUCGUUUGGAGGGUCACAAAGAAGGGAUUGUACAGACUGAACAGAUCAGGUCUCUGUCCGAAGCUAUGUCAGUGGAAAAAAUUGCCGCAAUCAAAGCGAAAAUUAUGGCUAAGAAAAGAUCUACUAUUAAGACUGACUUGGAUGAUGAUAUAACUGCCCUGAAACAGAGGAGUUUUGUGGACGCUGAAGUAGAUGUGACCCGAGAUAUUGUCAGCAGAGAAAGAGUGUGGCGGACGCGAACAACUAUUUUACAGAGCACAGGAAAGAAUUUUUCCAAGAAUAUUUUUGCAAUUCUUCAGUCGGUAAAGGCCAGAGAAGAAGGGCGUGCACCCGAACAGCGACCGGCCCCAAAUGCAGCCCCUGUUGAUCCCACAUUGCGUACCAAACAGCCUAUCCCAGCUGCUUACAACAGAUAUGACCAGGAAAGAUUCAAAGGAAAAGAAGAAACGGAAGGUUUCAAAAUUGACACUAUGGGCACCUACCAUGGGAUGACUCUCAAGUCUGUGACGGAAGGUGCAUCAGCCCGGAAGACGCAAACUCCUGCGGCACAACCUGUACCAAGGCCAGUUUCUCAAGCCAGACCUCCCCCAAAUCAGAAGAAAGGAUCUCGAACACCCAUUAUCAUAAUUCCUGCUGCUACCACCUCUUUAAUAACCAUGCUUAAUGCAAAGGACCUUCUCCAGGACCUGAAAUUUGUUCCAUCAGAUGAAAAGAAGAAACAAGGCUGCCAACGAGAAAAUGAAACUCUAAUUCAGAGAAGAAAAGACCAGAUGCAACCAGGUGGUACUGCCAUUAGUGUCACAGUUCCUUACAGAGUGGUCGACCAGCCCCUUAAGCUGAUGCCUCAGGACUGGUGAGUUAGUCGAUGCUGUUACAGAGUC